CUCUGGGGGGCGGAGGGGGCGAGAAGAGGAAAGCUGGCAGACCCAAACCCCGGCAGCGUGGGAUAGGGUUCUGGGGUCUGCUGUGCGACCUGAAGAAGGUUCUGGAGUUCUGCUCGCGUGACAAACAGCCUAGUCCAAGACACCACCGCAUCCCCAGGCCUGAGUCAUAGCCCGUCCUAUAUCCCCACGCCUAGGACCACUUUGAAAUUUUAUAUUCUAGCUCUAAACCCUAGGUGAUGAGGGUUGAUGCAGCUAAUUGCCGUCCCUAUCCAAAUCCUUCUUCAGUGAAAGGUCACAUAAACAGUUCCCUUGGGUUAGGAGUUAGUUGGCAGACCCUAAACCGCCUCAGUGACCUAUUGUUUGCCUAAUUACUUAUUGUCUGAGUACCACUAUAUCCCCGUAAAGCCGGGGACCUUGUUUACUAUUUUGGUGUCAGCACCUAGUGUUCAUUUAUUCAUUCCCUAAAUAUUAAUGUUGACACCGUCCAUGUGUCAGGCUCUGAUUUUGGCCAUCUGUGAACAAGACUAAUUCCCAUCUCAAGAUGCUUAUACUUUCGUAGUGGAGACAAACAAUGAGCUAGUAAACAAAUAAGAUAAUUUAUUUGUUAGGUAACCGUGACAACUAUAUGUAAAAGAAAUGAAGUGAUGCAGUCUAGAGGAAGACUAAGGUAAACUGAUCAGGGAGGGAUGGCCUCUCUCAGGAAGUGACCUUUGAGCUCAGCCCUAAAGAAGGAGGAGCCAGCAAAGGCCUUGAGCAAGACAGGGGUUUGGUGGAUUUGAGGAACGUAAAGGUGACCAGUGUAAGUUCCCCCUAGAAAGCAAGCGGGUUUAGUAUGAGAUGGUGUUGGAAGAACUCUUCAAGUUCUUAGGAGGCACCAUCAUCUUUUAUUGUCUAAUAUUUCAUUCAUUGAAAUUAUCUGACCCCUGAUCUGCAUGGGUUCUUGAAGGCCAUGAUAUAGGCCAUCUAAUUCAUGUAAGCAGAGCACUUAGAACAAUGCCUGGCAGAUAGUAAGUAUUUAAUAAAUGUUAUCAUCAUUACACUUACCUCUCACCAACUAUCUCGAUAUCUGACAUUUCCCAUUCAUAGGAAUAUUAAAAAUCUGUCAGACUAUUUUGUGUAUUAAUGAUAUAUAUCUGGCAGUAACGAACACCAAGGUGUGAGGUGAGAGUAAUGCUGGCUGUGAUGGUUAAGGUUGUGUGUCUCUUUGACUGGGUCACGAUUCUCAGUGGUUUGGCAGUUCUGUAACCACGUAAUUUGACAGUUGUAUAAUAAUGUAGUCAUCCUCCAUUUUCAUAAAACACCAAUUUUCACAUAACGAUGUGGUCUUUGGAACCUAACCAAGUUGAUAAGUGAGGAGUGGGUGUAUUGAUAUUAUAAAAGCUGCCUUAAUUCUAUCAUGGAAAAAUAAUCAUUCUCACAGAUGGACUCUGUUUAAGCUUCUUGAUAAUUUGGUUCCUACAAUUCAGUCUCAAAAAACUUGACCUUUUCUGUAGCAGUGUAUUGUUAACUGUAUGAAUUGUGUCCACCAGAAAUACGUGUUGAAAUCCUAACCCCUGUACCUAUAGAUAUGAUCCUGUUUGGAGAUAGGGGUUUUCUUUUGAACUCAUACCAGUGUUGGGCAGAUCCUGAACUUAAUCACUUUUGAGUUAUAAAGAGACCAGAAUAGGCACAUAGAUACACAUGGGGGAAGACAUACACUAAAUGAGGAUCAUCUAUAAUCCAAGGAAUGCCAAGGAACUAAGGAAAAGCUAGAGCUACCAACAGGGAGGGAAUCAACAUGGACAAGACCCUGACUUGGACUUUUAGCCUCCAGAACUAUGAGAAAAUUAAUUGCUUCUCUUUAAAGCCCUUCACGUAUAGUAUUUGUGUUAAAGCAGCACUAGGUGAUUAAGACACAGUGUUUCCAAAAGAAGUAGAUGAUAUCUCAACCAUACCUGUUAGCUGUGUCUGUUACAGCAAAAUACGGUGGUUUUCACCCUUUUGUGAAUUGUAAUAGAAAUUAUGAACUCUCUCCCUAAAAGACAUUGCAUAUACACAUUGUAUUGGUUUUCUUGGGGUACUGUAACAAAAGACCACAAAUUGAGUGGGUUACAAGAACACAAAUUUAUUGUAUCAUAGUUCUAGGAGCUAGAAGUCCAAAUCAGGGUAUUGACUGUGUUGACUAGCUCUGAGAGAGAAAACGAUUCUAUGCCUCACUCCUAGCUUCCGGUAGCACUAGGCAUUCCUUGGCUAGCAGCUGCAGCAUCACGUAGUGUCCUUCCUGUCUCUCUGUCUCUGUGUAUCUUUCUUAUUAGCACACCAGUUGUACCAGAUUAGGACUCACUGGACUCCAGUAUAACCUCAUGUUAACCUAACUAACAACAUCUUCAAAGACCCCGUUUCCAAGCAAGGUCAUUUUCACAUGUACCAGGGGUUAGGAAUUCAACAUAUCUUUUUGGAGGAUACAAUUCAAUCCAUAUCACACAUAUGCAUACAAAAUUUUGUAAACCAUUUCUGGUUUCACAGAUCCUAAAGCCCCAUGGACUCCUUUCAUUGAGCGAAAGUCUACCAUGUGCCAAGCAAGCUUUGUGCCAGCCUCUAAGAAUACAAAGAUAGGCCAUGUCUGGCCCAACUGAUGAGACUGCAGGAGACCUGCCUGUGAAGGAUACAGGUCUAAACCACUUUGGAAUGGGAGGGUUACAAGAAACUUCAACAACUCGGACAAUGAAGUCUCGCCAGGCAAUGUCACGUGUCAGUCGUGAGGAACUGGAAGACAGAUUUUUGCGUUUGCAUGAUGAAAACAUUGUACUUAAACAACAUGCCCGGAAGCAAGAGGAUAAAAUUAAAAGAAUGGCCACCAAGUUAAUACGGCUCGUUAAUGACAAGAAAAGAUAUGAGCAGGUUGGUGGCGGCCCCAAGCGGCUGGGACGGGAUGUAGAAAUGGAAGAAAUGAUUGAGCGGCUGCAAGAGAAAGUUCACGAGCUUGAAAGACAAAAUGAAGUCCUCAAAAACAGACUAAUUUCUACCAAACAGCAACUUCAAAUUCAGGGCUACAGGCAAACUCCAUACAAUUACGUGCAAUCACGUAUUAACUCUGGGCGUAGAAAAGCAAAUGAAAAUGGAGGCAUACAGGAAUGCCCCAGAAAAGGCAUAAGAUUCCAAGAUGUAGAUGUAGCAGAAACUCUACAACCCAUGCUUACAAAACACGGCAGCAGUUUACUUGAAGAAGCCAGAGGAGAGAUUAGAAAUUUAGAAAAUAUUAUUCAGACUCAAAGAGGCCAGAUAGAAGAAUUAGAGCACUUGGCCGAGAUCCUGAAAACUCAGUUGAGGAGAAAAGAAAAUGAAAUUGAGUUAUCUCUUCUUCAACUUCGAGAACAGCAAGCUACAGAUCAAAGGUCAAACAUUCGGGACAACGUAGAAAUGAUUAAGCUUCAUAAGCAACUAGUGGAGAAAAGCAAUGCUCUCUCAGUAAUGGAAGGAAAAUUUAUUCAGCUUCAAGAGAAGCAAAGAGCUCUCAGGAUCAGCCAUGAUGCCUUGAUGGCAAAUGGGGAUGAGCUAAGUACACAGCUUAAAGAGCAGCGUUUAAAAUGCUGCAAUCUUGAGAAACAAUUACAUUCCAUGACGUUUUCUGAAAAAAGAAUAGAAGAGCUGCAGGAUAGAAUUAAUGACUUAGAAAAGGAACGAGAACUUUUAAAGGAAAAUUAUGAUAAACUCUAUAACAGUGCCUUCAGUGCUGCUCAUGAAGAGCAAUGGAAGUUCAAGGAACAGCAGCUGAAAGUACAGAUUGCACAGCUCGAGAUGGCCUUAAAAUCUGACUUAACAGACAAAGCUGAAAUCCUUGACAGAUUAAAAACGGAAAAAGACCAAAAUGAAAAACUCAUUCAAGAAAAUAGAGAACUACAGUUACAAUACCUGGAACAAAAGCAACAACUUGAUGAACUUAAAAACCGUGUGAAGUUUUUCAACAAGGAGAGUGAUAUUAAUGCUGAUGAAUUGAGUGAAGCUCUCCUGCUUAUAAAGGCUCAAAAAGAGCAAAAAAAUGGAGACCUUUCAUUUUUAGAGAAAUUAGACAAUAAAAGUAAUAAAGAUCUAGAACGUUCCAUGAGAGAGCUGCAAGCAACUCACGUGGAAACAGUACAAGAACUUGAAAAGACAAGAAACAUGCUAAUUAUGCAACAUAAAAUUAAUAAGGAUUAUCAGAUGGAAGUUGAUGUAGUGACCCAGAAAAUGGAAAAUAUGCAGCAAGAUUAUGAACUCAAGGUGGAACAGUAUGUUCAUCUUCUUGAUAUCAGGGCAGCACGGAUCCAGAAACUAGAAGCCCAAUUAAAGGAUAUUGCCUAUGGCACCAAGCAGUACAAAUUUAAACCAGAAAUCAUGCCAGAUGACUCUGUCGAUGAAUUUGAUGAAACCAUCCACUUAGAACGAGGUGAAAAUCUAUUUGAAAUCCAUAUCAACAAAGUAACCUUUUCUUCUGAAGUUUUCCAGGCAUCUGGAGAUAAAGAACCAGUCACUUUCUGUACCUAUGCUUUCUAUGAUUUUGAACUACAGACAACUCCCAUAGUACAAGGCCUUCACCCAGAAUAUAACUUCACUUCUCAGUAUCUUGUCCAUGUGAAUGACUUAUUUUUGCAAUACAUUCAGAAGAAUACUAUCACUCUUGAGGUCCACCAAGCUUACAGCACAGAUUAUGAAACAAUUGCAGCAUGUCAAUUGAGAUUCCAUGAAAUUCUAGAAAAAAGCAGUCGAAUAUGUUGCACAGCAAGUUUGGUUGGAACUAAAGGAGACAUCCCAAAUUUUGGCACAGUGGAAUACUGGUUCCGCUUAAGAGUUCCCAUGGAUCAAGCGAUUCGACUUUAUCGAGAACGAGCAAAAGCUCUGGGAUAUAUAACAUCCAAUUUUAAGGGACCAGAGAAAAUGCAAUGGUUAAGUCAGCAAGCACCUAAAACUGCUCAGCUCAGUUCUACAGAUUCCACAGAUGGCAACUUAAAUGAACUUCACAUUACAAUAAGAUGUUGCAACCACCUGCAGUCCCGAACAAGCCACCUGCAGCCAUACCCGUAUGUUGUGUACAAGUUUUUUGAUUUUGCAGACCAUGAUACAGCCAUCAUUCCCAGUACCAACGACCCACAGUUUGAUGAUCAUAUGUGUUUCCCAGUGCCGAUGAAUGUGGAUUUGGACCGAUACCUUAAAUCAGAGUCUCUGAGUUUUUAUGUGUUUGAUGAUAGUGAUACUCAGGAGAAUAUUUACAUAGGAAAAGUCAGUGUGCCUUUAAUUUCACUGGCACAUGACAGGUGUAUCUCAGGAAUAUUUGAGUUAACAGAUCAUAAAAAACAUCCUGCAGGCACCAUCCACGUUGUAUUAAAAUGGAAAUUUGCCUACCUUCCUCCAAGUGGAUCAGUAACAACUGAAGACUUAGGAAAUUUCAUUCUCAGUGAAGAGCCAGAAGUUGUUCAAGGACUACCUCCAGCAUCUUCUGUUAGUACAUUAGUUGUAGCUCCAACACCUAAACCACGACGGCGUAUAACACCUGUAGAUAAGAAGGUGUCUUUUGUGGAUCUGUUGCCACGUCAGAGUUCUGAGACUUCUAGUCCUCCCGAAGAUCAGAAGGAAAUGUCACCAGAAGUGGAACCUACACCAGAAAUAGAAGUCAACGUGACAACUGCUUCAUGUACUCCAGAGAUUUCACAAGAAGGCCGUGUAGAUAAAGUAAAAGAGAAUACUGAGAAAACGCAGCAAGAAAAAGACAACGACGUGUCUUUAUUAUCGGAGGGUCAGCUUGCAGAACAAAGCUUGGCUUCUUCUGAAGAUGAAACAGAAAUAACUGAGGAAUUGGAAGCAGAAGGUGAUGAGGACAGAUCAGCUUCUGACAGUGACGAUUGUAUUAUUCCAAAUUCUGUCUCCAAGAAUAUCAAACAGCCGUCAGAAAAAAUUCGAAUUGAGAUCUUAGCUCUUAGCCUUAAUGAUUCUCGAGUAACCAGAGAUGACACUAUUCAACGGCUGUUUGUUGAGUGCCGAUUCUACAGUCUUCCUGCUGAAGAGACACCUGUGUCACUUCCAAAACCCGAGAGUGGGCAAUGGGUUUACUAUAACUAUAGCAAUGUGAUCUACGUGGAUAAAGAAAACAACCAAGCAAAGAGAGAAGUCUUAAAGGCUAUACUGCAAAAACAAGAGAUGCCUAAUAAAAGUCUUCGCUUCACCGUGGUCAGCGACCCCCCAGAGGAGGAGCAGGAUCUGGAGUGUGAGGACAUCGGCAUUGCCAACAUCCACCUAACUGACAUGUUUCUGGAAGGGAGAGACAUCGUCGAGCAAGAUAUCGACGUUUUGGAUGCCCGAGCAGAUGGUGAAACUAUCGGUAAGCUGAGGAUAACAGUCGAAGCACUGUAUGCCCUCCGGUCUGUCUACGAGGAAUACAGAGAGGACUUGGAGACCUGAAGGAAACUGCUCCAGAGACUUCUCCCACUCCUGAGUAAAUGCGCGCUUGAAAGCUCCGCCAUGAGAUUUUUGUAAUUACACUGGCAUGUGUAAUCUAUAAUUCAUGGGAAACUGGGAGGGAGGGCCUGGCUUCGAAGUGCUUAAGUUCUGUAUACUUUUUCAUUUGUUUAUUUUUCUGUUCCCUACUUCCCAUGACUGCCAACCAUCAGGAUUUAAGUUCUCCACAAUGGCCAACACCUUCUCAAUAAUUUAUACCUACAUGAUAGCCUGAGAAAGUCUAUUUGCAUUUUCAACAUUUUCUUAUGAAGAACUGCAAUGCAAUUCCCAUUUUAUUUUUAAUAAGCAAAAAGCGUAAAUCUUAGAAAAAUCUAUGAAAAAGAAAUACUUUUAUGUGAUCCCUAAUCAUCCCACUAAAUGGGAUGCCUGUGAUUAGCCUCAUUAAGAGUUUUACACUGUGAAGAUUUUAUUAGAAGCAAUAUAUGAAAAUUACUUGGAUUAAUGUGUUAAUCUUCCUCUUUAAAAUGCUAAUAUCCAUUUUAUGCACAUUAAAGCUCAGUAUGCAUUUUCUUUGAUGCACGCAAUUCCUAUCAAUUAAAUGUAAAGAAUGAGAUGUGGCACCAACUUAUUAAAUUACCGCAGAUUUUCUGUUCUUCUCUCUUAAAAA